AUGCCACCAACGGCAACCAACGCCAGUAUACAUCCGUCAUUAUCACAACGAAAGGCCGGUGUAGCAUCUACAAGAGAGGCUCCGAUACCGACCGCGAACAAAAUACCUGCAAGGCAAUGGACGGAGAGUGAAUCUGAUAGCGAUGAUGACAGCAAAGGUCGCCGUCACAGUGUCGUUCUGAUGAAGCCUCGAUUUAAGUUCGGAAACUCCUCUAGUACGCACUGGAACAAACGUUAUAAUAAGUCAUCCGAUUCCAAAUUGCACGAUUCGGAGGAAGGCUAUUCACUCUCUGAUUAUUUCGAAGAUGAUUUAUUUGCAGAAGACAAAGACAUUGAUAAAUUCGAUAAGAUACCACCUUAUAAUGAGAUCCCAUAUGCCUUAAUAUGUUGUGGUGUAUAUGAUGAAAGAAGCAUUCGAAUAGCUCUAAGGAAGCAGGUACAGAAAAAGCUGUUACAAGAUUUUCAAAAAGAAUCUAAAAUUCCUUCCAGAGUUAACAAAAAUGGACAAAUACAAAAAGUUCAUCAAAAACAUAAAGACACAGAAAAGGAAUUGAAUGAAUUGAUGAAUGGCUUAAAGGAUAUUGCCGAAGAAAAUUCGAGUAAGAACAAUGAGAAGCCAGAAAAUGCAUUGUUUGAGACUAGGCAACACCAGGAAGCUGAAACUCAAAAUAAACAAUACCUCUCUCAACCAUUGCAAUCUACUUUUGAGAAAAAUGAGAGUUCAAAUUCUGACAACGAAAACCCGCCCUUUACAACGUCUUUAUCAGUCUGUUCUAAAUCUCGGAAAACAUCAGUUACACGAAACGGUAAGACGAGUACUGCAUAUGAACAUACAGACGACACUUUAAAGAAUUAUUUGAGUAAAAAUGAAACAAUGCCAGACUUACAAAGACCUCCGUCAACGUCUGCAGACGAAAGAAAUAUGAAAGCAAAUUGUGGCAGUUGUAGGCAUGAAUCGGCACUAGAGAAAAGUAUGCGGGAAAAGCGCCUUCAAAAUUCUCAGCUAGAUCGAAAGUCUACUCGCGCGGGUAUUCGGAAUAGCCAAAAACAAGAUGAUAGAGAUCUCGCUUCGAACGCAAAAUCUGUGUUAAAACCAAUUAAAUUUAAAGCUUUUAAGCAUAACUCAUCGGUCCAAGUUCUUAACCAAGAACAGAAAGAUAAAGAAGCAAUUCAUGAUGAGCAUGACAACAAAACGCACAUAAUGCCCCGUGAAAUGAGACAAGAGAACGUGUCAAAGGUCCGUGAUAAUUCAACUCAAACGGUAAAGGCGGACGGAAAAACAAGAGAAAUAUUAGAAACACAACAGAACUCAUCAUCAAAUGAAAGUGAUUCUGAUGAUGACAGUGUCAUUCCUACUGCUAUGCGAGCACUGUAUACAUCUGGACAAAAAGAGAAAGCAUCUAAAAUUAAACGUAAUUUAACAGAGGCAUUGUUACGCACCAUUUUUAGCAAAGCAACUGAUAAAAUCAAACCAGCUUUGGGAGGAAGCGAGAAGAAGAACAAAAACAUAAUUUCUGCUAUAUCGGGCUCUGAUACUGGUAGUUUGAAAGACAAAGUAAGCAUACCAUGUAUGAGUGAUAAGGAAAAGCAGACGUUUAUUGACACCAUUGAAUCUACACUUGAGACAAAAGCCGAAACUCUUCAUUCUGCUUUUGAACAUUUGAGGAAGAAACAAUCCAGACUUCCAAAAUGCCCAGCAUGUGGGAGUACAGAUUGUGAAGAAAAAAGCGGAGGAGCAGUUCAAGAGCUGGCAGUUGCAGCAAGAAAAGAAGGAUAUGAAGUCCAUGAUGUCAGCCCUGAUGGAAACUGCAUGUUCACGGCCCUUGUUGACCAACUAAAGAUGUAUGGCGACAUUCGGUUUGAUGCCAGAUCAUUGCGAAAAACAGCCGUCAAUUGGCUGAAGGAACACCCACGUCUAAACGACAGGGAAAAUACACACUUCCAGUCGUUUAUAGACGAAGACUGGGAUGCUUAUUUGCAACGAAUGAUAUUGGAUGGGCAAUGGGGUGACCAUCUGCAGCUAAGAGCUGUGUCAAAUGUUGUGGGAAGUACAAUAAAAGUGUUGAGUAUUCGAAACAGGGAUGUUGUUUGGAUGAGUAUAGAGUCAUAUAAAGAUAAUCAUUCCAGUAACCGCGUGCUUACCGUCGGCAGCGUCGGCGAACAUCACUAUUCAAGUCUCUGGCCAUCAGAAAGAAAACUUGAAUCAUGGAAGUUGGAUAAGCCAUUGCCUAUGGAAGCACAACUCCCUGAGAGGCUGGAAACUGAUCAAGACACAGGCGAGGUGGCCAUGUUUGCCAGUGGUUAUGUUGACCCAGUAAGCCGUGUGCCGUCAUGCCAUUUGUCAUUCCUUCUGAAUGCUGUAGCCCCACGACGCACAGUGUUGGAUGUAUCUGCCAUAAUAUCGUCGCACAUCUUAGAGAGAACCAAUGGCUUUAUUGAAAGACUUAAAAUACCGAAGGAGAUUGUUCCAGUACCAGUUGGUAGUCUUACAGAAGGCACAUUUCAUCCACCACUUUGCUGGCUUGAAAGAAAUGAUGAGGAUAUGCAGCCUUGGCUUAAUUCUUGCAUUUUAUUAAAACUGCACCUAUCGAAAGAUGUUUUUGUAGAGGAAGCAUCGGGUUGUCAUUUCGGAUAUACAAAAAUUAUGAACACCAGACAAUCGUUUUAUGGAAAUGAGCGAGCCUUCCUGAAUAGUGCAGCUUUUCGAAAUAUUUCUUCAAAUUUUCCGAUUCCGUUCACGUUCACAAAACCCAAUCAGGGAUCAGUUCCAAUGCUCUCAGUAUAUUGCGUCCCAAUUUCGAAAUGGCCAGAUCAAGCUAGAGAGUGGCUGAUCAGAAAGCGAUACCAAAACUGGCCCCCGCAACACAUAAGAUCUGAAAUUGAAUCAAAGGGCUGCGUCCUGUCAGCGUCGUGCCACCCUGCAAGUGUCCUUCCACAUAUUGAAUGGAAGUACUUAUUUGCAGAAGCAGAGACGAUCUUGUUCAAGGAAGCACUUUCUGAACAUCAUAUGUAUUGUUACCUGAUAUUUCGAUACUUUUGUUUGCAAAAUUUAAAUGAAGUGAAACUAUUCAACAUAGACAUUCCAAACAGCAUAUUUUUCUUCAGUUGUGAAAGAAUUCCUUGUGAAGUGUGGGAAACGUCUGUUGAUGGAUGCCUUAUGUUAAUGAUGACCGAGCUUCAAAGUGGAAUAAGAAAACGGGGAAUUCCACAUUACUUUAUAGCAAAGAACAAUAUGAUAGAUCAUUUCAGUGAGGAGGACAUACAUCUAGUCGAAGAGAGAUUGUGUCAGUUUCUUUCACAGCCAUUAUUACAUAUUCGAAACUUAAAUGAGAGUUUGAAUGAACUCAGAAAUUGUGCUUUCGUUUUUGAAAGGGUUAGCGACGAUUUGAAACAUUUUUCAAACGUGAAAACGUCAACACUGCAGGUGUUUAUACCAUGCCAGAUUGAAAUAGCCCAAAACUUCAUUAGACACUUUUAUUACGAGAGAGGUCUUGAGAAACUGAAUGAAGCUUUCCUAGAGCGCUUGGCAGUAAGUACUUGUGAUGACAGCAUGUCAUUCCAAGUGUUUCUACAAGCUGCAUUUAGCGGACUCAACUUUGCUGCAACAGUUUGGUUUGCCUUAUUCGCAGACAAAAUGCUUCACGGUCAACUUUCCAAACCUUUGAUGAGGGAAGUUUGCUCCGAUCUAGACCUACUGCGAAUAGAUGAAGUACUCCCCAAGGACGUAGCAGGCGCUUACGCUGAGUCAGAGGUGCCGGUUUCCUUUACUUUAUCGUUGGAUUCAUUUUGUCACGACUACGCAGCCUUCCUUGCGUUUGUCGGGAAAAAAUCAGAAGCUCUUCCUGUUCUCGAGUUUUGCGCAAUGAAGCACAGGCACUAUCAAAGCCACCUGAAGGAAAUGACUGAGAUUGGAAUAGUCGUUGAAAGUCGUGCAUUUCAGGACGAGAACAUGUUCUGUGUGUAUGCAGCGAUUUUUGCACUUUACAACAAGGAAAAAGAGAAUGAGAAAUUCUGCGAAUAUUCGGACGAAGCAAGUGAACUUGUAAAACGGAUGAAAAGGGGCUACGCAUUGCCGUGGCUCAAAAUGGUAUUUGUCGAGCUUUAUGGCAAGGCUGGAUUGAAAAGACUAGCGGACCAACCUAAGAAGUCCAUUAGUGCUUCUAAUGAAGAAAUGCCUAGGACAUUUUUAUAUUGGCCUGUCCGCUAUUUGAUGUCGUAG